ACUACCUCCUAGCCAGUAUAAGGCCGACUCGAGGCUCUGGACAAGACUAAGUAGCAUACGAGGACAUCAUCUACCUUAGGUACCUCCUACGGUUCUUGUUUCGCCCCGUACGGGCGCUGCUCAAACCAUAGUUCAGUCGUGAGCCAACGGAUUUAUUAGUUAAGACUACUUUAUCUAAUAAUUUAGGUACUUGGCUUUUGGUGUUGUUCGAUAUUCUACGGAUUGUGUGCCUUUGGAAUAUACCUACGAUUUAAACAUCGUAUUAAACCUUCAAGAUAAGACAUCUUUAAAAGUGUCUCCUAUAAUCUGAUAAUACAUCUUUUUUUUUUCUCUAAUCAGGGGUUUGUCUAGAAAGAUCUCAUUCACACGGUUGCCUACCUGGUGGUCUUUGUAAUCGGCAAACGUAACCCCUGGCUUCCGUGUAACUAUAUCAUAUAUCCGAUGCCACCCGCCCUGCAUGAUUCAAAAAAAAAAAAAAAAUCUCCCCUCCUCCUGACAAUGGUCGCCUACCGCAGUCCUAGGUAUAUCUUGCUAGGAUGGCUUUUCGAGGGUUGCUCAGCCGCCGGUUGGCGAUAAAUAUCGCCCCAAAGCCAUAUUGUUCUCGUGCAUUGGUUCCCGUUUCUCCUUUCACAGGUCGUUGUUCUCGCGCUAGGAUACCGCUUACUUGCGCUGCUGCUACCUAUUCAACAUACAAACACGCGCCUCAAACAUCAAAGCCAGUAAAUAUGGCUGCACCGCAGAGUACCGCUGGAUCAUAUACAACCGCAUUUGCCCUGUUCGAGGGACUUUGGGAAGCUGGCAUAACGACAUGCUUCGUCAAUGUCGGGUCGGAUCACCCAUCCAUCAUUGAGGCCAUUGUCAAAGGCAAGAGGGAGCGACCGAACUCCUGGCCUAGGAUGAUUACGUGCCCUUCCGAGGUCACAGCGAUUUCAAUGGCUGAUGGGUAUGCUCGCGUGACAGGAAAGCCGCAGGCUGUUCUCGUGCACGUCGAUGUAGGAACCCAAGCUCUCGGCCAAGGCAUCCACAAUGCAAGCGUCGGUCGGGCGCCCAUAUUCAUUUUUGCUGGCCUGUGCCCGUACACGGAGGCCGGGGAGCUUCCUGGCUCCCGCACGGAGUAUAUGCACUGGCUGCAGGAGGCGCCGGACCAAAAAGCCAUUGUGCGACAGUAUUGCAGGUAUACGGGCGAAGUCCGCACCGGGCUAAAUAUCAAGCAGACCAUUGGGCGCGCGCUUCAAUUCGCGAGCAGCACUCCGAAGGGCCCCGUUUACGUCGCAAGCGCACGAGAAGUUCUGGCUCAAGAAAUCCCACAGUCUUCGCUAGAUCAAGCGCAGUGGGUACCGAUCGGCCCAAGUGCGCUUCCGGCUGAUGCGAUCCACGACAUCGCUACGGCCCUCGUCCAAGCCGAGCGCCCGCUUAUUAUCACGGGAUACUCUGGCCGCGAUCGACGAACCCCGGAACUUCUCGUCGCUCUGGCGGACCUCAUUCCGGGCAUACGCGUCCACGACACGGGCGGGAGCGACGUGUGUUUUCCCUUCAACCAUGUCGCUUCCGAGGGUUUCCGUCUUAGCAUGGACGACUGCAGCAAAGACGCGGACGUGGUGUUCCUCCUCGACUGUGAUGUGCCGUGGAUCCCGUCCCGCAACCCGCCGCCGAAGAACGCCAAGAUAUUCCACGUAGACAGCGACCCCCUAAAUCAGCAGAUCCCCGUAUCUUUCUUCCCGGCACACGGACGCUGGAAAGCAGAGAGUUUCACCGCGCUCACGCAACUGGUCAACCAUAUCAAGAACGAUUCUGCGCUUACGAAGACGCUGCAGGAUUCCAAGUAUGCAGCGCGUGGCGAAGCUCGCGCAGAAGCUCAUAAAGCUCGUCUAGCGAGCUUCGCUUCCCUGCCGCGCUUGGACGACCAAGAACCGCUAAAUGGGCACAACAUCGGCAGUCUCCUGAAGUCAGCCCUCCCGGACUCCACAACCUACGUUGUGGAAGCAGUUACGGCGGGACAGAUAUUAUAUGACCAGGUACAGCCCAGUCGGCCGGGGAGCUGGAUCAAUUGCGGUGGGACGGGUAUCGGUUGGAGCAAUGGCGCAGCGCUGGGCGUUAAGAUGGCGCUGGCGGAUCUGGAGAAGGAGGGGACGGAGAAGCCAGGCCUCGUCUGCCAACUAGUUGGCGAUGGAAGUUUUAUGUGCGCUGCGCCGUCUACUGCGCUUUGGGUGGGGAGCAAGUACAAGAUCCCAAUUCUAACAAUCGUCUUGAAUAACGGAGGCUGGAAAGCUCCGCGGAAUUCGACGGAACUCGUCUAUCCCAAGGGCCUCAACAUCUCCGCAACGGACGAGGAGAUCAACGUCUCUUUCCGUCCGACGCCCAACUAUGCCGCUCUGGCAGAAGCGGCGGCGGGGUCGGAAGUCGGCUGGGAUAAUGCGGCAGAGAAUGCCGAUACAUGGAUGAAAGGACUCAGAGUGAAAACGGUAGCGGAGUUCAAGGAGGCGCUUCGAACUGCGAGAAAACGGGUAGCCGAGGAGGGGAAGGGAAUGCUAAUCGAAGUAUUGAUGUGAAAAUCAAGAAAGGGGGGUGUUUUAUAAUGGUAGGGGUUUACUAUUAUACUAGGUUAGAUUUAUCCGUAGCAAAACAUGUCUAGGUACCAAAUAUAGGUACGUUAUCUCGAAGAUUAAGAGGCGCCUUUAUAUCAAGUGGUUAAAUCAAACUAAUUUGC